UUUAAGGUAUUAAUAUUCUUGGGAUUGAAACCACCCUCUUUGCUGAUCGGUCCAUAAGGAGUCCUUAAAGAAAGUCCAUCUGAACUUUGCUGUCUGUUUAUGACUCUGUGUGUCAAUGACGUGCCUUCCAGCUAUUUCAUAUCCCAGAUUACGUGCCCUUUUUUCCCACCGGAGUGCAGAAAGAGACAGGCCGUGCCAACAUUGCCCGCUGCUGUUUCUUUUUGUACCGCAAAUACUUUUCUGCUUCUUUAAUUUUCUGAUAGCAUAUUUCAGUUUUUCAAAAACAACAGCGAUUAUGUCAAGAUACCAUAAAGCCGCGAUUGAUGGCUAUCAGGAUCUGCUGAAGGAAGCCACCACGAGAGAUCUGAACACGCCAGACGAGGACGGGAUGACGCCGACGCUCUGGGCAGCUUUUCACGGACACAUUGAGGCUCUUCAGCUUAUAUGUAGCCGGCGGGGAGACCCUAACAGGAGCGACAUCUGGGGAAACACCUCCCUGCACCACGCUGCUAGAAACGGUCACCUGCACAUUGUGAGCUUCUUGGUGAGCUUCGGGGCCAACCUCUUCGCUCUGGACAAUGACUUUCACACCGCCAUGGAUGUGGCUGCAUCACGAGACCACAUGGACUGCGUGCGUUUUCUAGAUGACGCCGCCUCGCGACAGACCAGCCAGAACGCCAAGAAGGUGGCCUCUCUGAAGAAGCAAGCCACCAAGGAGGCAGAGAAGCGAGUGAAGAUGUGUGAGGAGGUGAAGAAGAGGCACCAGAAUAAGAUGGACAAGAUGCACCGAGGCUCGGUCUCGGAGGGCAGCGUAGGGUUCUCUGUCAGCACCGGCACCGUCGGCAGGGCUAACGAGCAGUUCUCCAAGCUGAUCGCCUCAGACACUUCAGGAUCCCUGACUGCCCGUGUCAAGGGAACCCUGCAGCGCAAGUUUGGCAGUAAGAAGGAAAAAUCUGGCACAAUACAGCAAGGUCAUGGCAACGUUAUUUUCGUCAAGCAGGAGAACGGCACAGCGGAGACGCCUGACUUUCUAGGCGUUUUCGCCGAGCAGGAUGAAAUCAAUGAUGAAGAAGGUGGAGAUGGUGGAACAGAGGGAUUUCAGGAUGAAGAAGAUAAUGAUGAUUCUGGACAAACUAAAGAGUCCAUAUUCAGGAGACCUGGCCUAGGACAAAUGGUCUUCAGGAAGAACUUUUCCAUGGAGAUGGGCCUGGAGCCAGAAGACUUCUCUAGCGGGACUUCAGAAGAAGUAGGCUUCCGGAUCCGUGAGGAGCUCUUCCAGACCACAGUGGAGGAAGCCUUUGAGGAGGAAGUGGACAGCUCUGUGCCAUGGAAUGAGGAUGACAUCAACCUGGAUGAGGAGGAUGAGGAGACCUCACCAUUGGCUGCCUUCUUGGCCUCCAUCAACCUGGUGGACUUCGCCCCGGUGUUUACCCGCGAACAGCUGGACCUGCAGGCCCUCACACUCUGCUCAGAUGAUGACCUGAAGGGAAUCCACAUCCAGCUGGGCCCUCGCAAGAAGAUCAUGGAGGCUGUGGCUUGCAGGAAGGACGUCCUGAACAAAACGUGCAUCAUAAAGGACAGUCCGCUGUGAGUAGAGCGAUGAGAAAGCUGACGUGACUGUAGCACGAAGUCGCACAGCAGACUGUUCCGCUGCUUCUCUUGGGAAACUCUCCUAUUCAUCUUGUGCUGUUUCUUUGCAAUCAAAAAAAUUCUCAGUAGUGUUAUUAGGGGUCUUAUAUGGAAAUAUGAAUCCCUGCUUAUUCUGCAAAUUUUUGAUUUUGAAGCAACCAAAAAUAAAAACAAAAUAAAAAAAACUCAUGUUUGAGUGACUGUGUAAAUGCACCCAAUUAAUUCUCUGUGGCUGAACAUAUUCACUUGUUUUAUAAUUCCUUAGAAAAAUAAUAAUAAAUUAUUAUUGUU